GGCGUGCUUCAGUCGCCCGCGCGACCCCGCUGCCGCCGGCCGCGCGCUAUGGACGAAGUUCGGGCGCGAGACCGCGCGCCGCUCACCGUCAUCGUCGCCCCGAGCAACGUUUCACCGCCGCGACUGUCCCCCGCGGACCUCCUGCCCGACGGCGAUGCGGCGUUUCACCCUCUCUCGGCCGUUAACGGUCGGCUGACACCUCCGGGGCUCGAGCCCGCCUCGUACGCCACAUUGACGCCGCUCCUUCCACUACCCCCCAUUAGUACAGUAUCCGACAAGUUCGCGUACCAUGCUGGGGGCACCUUUACAGUUAUCCAACAGCAACAGUCAUACGCGUCGCUGUCUCCCGCCCCUUAUAAUGAGCCCUUAUCCCCCCAGUCUGCGUAUAGCAGGCGGAGUGUGUCUCCAAACUCUUUUGAGAGGAGAUCGCCGACUCCGCCGCUGCCGAGUCCAGGAUUGGAUCUCAACGCUGCUCUGCUGGCGAGAGAAGAGCAGCAGCAAGCCCAGCAGGCGCAACAAGCGCAGAACGACACAGAAGAGAUCAACACAAAAGAAUUGGCGCAGAGGAUAAGUGGGGAGUUGAAGAGGUACUCGAUACCUCAGGCGAUAUUCGCGCAGAGGGUGUUGUGUCGGUCCCAAGGGACUCUAAGCGACUUGCUAAGGAACCCGAAGCCGUGGUCGAAGCUGAAGUCGGGGAGGGAGACGUUCAGGCGGAUGUGGAAGUGGUUGCAGGAGCCCGAGUUCCAGAGGAUGUCCGCGCUGAGGCUAGCAGGUAUGGAGCAUGGACGCUUCUCGCUAUUACAUAGUGUUAAGUUAUUAUUAGCGUGGUAA